CGCAAAACAGUCCUGAGAAGUCGCAUAACGGAGUUUGAACAGAUUCUGUCUCUCAUCUCAAAGACUGGAGCCAAUGGCGCUGCACGUUGGAUUGGAAUCGCGUUCUCCAAAUUGAAAGCGGAUGCAAGCAGCCGGACUACCUAGGUAGUCGCCCCUAACUUUCCAACGAUCCUCCAUACUCACUCCUCUGUCACUACUAGUUACUACUAGUGACCCAUUUGUUUUAUUCGUCCUCAUUUUUACUUCACCAUGUAUUCACGUACCAUUCUCUCGGGUUUGCUGCUGGGAGCAUUGCCUUUCCAAAUUUCAGCACAAGAUGACCCAACAGCAGACGACUGCACUGGUAUCAAAGGCAUCAGCCCAGGAUGUAGCAGCCAAGAAUCUGCAUACCAUCGAGACUUCUUCUACAUCGGUGGCGGUUACGUCGACUCCGGCAUCCCGGGCCAGCAGAUGUGGAGCGACCAGUUGUAUGUCGAGAAGCUGACGCCCGCUAGCAAGGCCAACAAGCCUUACCCGAUGGUCUUCGUCUCUGCGGGUGUCAACACGGGCGCAGAAUGGCUGAACACGCCAGACAAUCGCAAGGGAUGGGCUUCCUACUACCUUGAUCAAGGCUACCAGGUCUACAUUGUUGAUAUCGCUGCCAACGGCCGAAGUGGCCAGCAGCUUCUCUCCAAAUACCCUCUACGCAUCGGCUCUACAGACACGAUCAACGAGCAGGGCUUCACAGCUCCGGAAAAGUUCGACCAGUACCCACAGGCAAACGCACAUACACAAUGGCCUGGCAAUGGAUCUCGUGGAGAUCCGGCCUUCGAUGCCUUCACUGCCGCCAACGUUCCUAUCUCUUCAUCGAACGUGAAUGUGGAGAACACUAUGCGCACAACGGGAUGUCAGCUUCUCAGCAUGAUUGGCCAGUCAUACACAGUCUGUCACUCGGCUGGUUGUACCUACACAGCUAUCUGGUCAGACGCAUGCCCCAAUCUGCUGCGUGCCAACAUCAACAUCGAGCCUGGAAACAUCCCCCAUACCUCUCUCAUCGGAAACGCGACUGUUGCUGGGGUCGGUCGUACCGCUGCUCGGCCAUGUGGUCUAACAUAUACACCCCUGCAAUUCGAUCCUCCAGUAACGAACUGCUCGUCCAUCACCACCACUGAGAUUGGACCAGACGACCCUGCUAAACGCUCCUGCAUCCUGCAGACUGGCACCAUCCACAAGCUCACACAGCUCGGUAAAGUGCCUUACAUCAUGAUCACAGGCGAGGCUAGCCCACAUAUCACGUACGACCACUGCUUCCUCGAGUACUUCAAGCAGAUGGGCCUCACCAACUACCAGUGGAUCAAGCUUGCCGACAUUGGUAUCAAGGGCAAUGGGCACUUUAUGUUCCUCGAGAAGAACAACCAGAAUAUCGCCGCGGCGAUCAACUACGGUCUUGGGAAAAUGAACGGAGGCGCAGCUGCUCCAGGUCAUCCAGAUCUUCCCAUCUCUAUGAAAUGAGAGUUGUGCCUGACGAUGGCUGCCACUAGCGAAUCUUAUUAUAUAUAAAAAGUAUAUACGUAAUCUGGAGAUUGGUCGCGCUGUAGAGUCCAUGCAAAAGCAGAUUGAUCAUAUCCUCUGCAAGAUGGUGAUGAUGAUCGUAUCAUGUCUUCAGACCUAUUGUCGUGAUGUCUAUCGUGUGUCACUGUCAUGAAUGCUUUCGUAGUGCUUGAUCUUUACUCUGAGUGCGUAUGCGCCUCAUUUGAGCGCGAAUUUUCCACUUUGACACCUCUUCAGGUUCAUCAUCUGCCUUGCCUCCUUCCAAGCUUUCGCGCGAGCCAGCUUCGAGCGUGGUAGCAUCGCCGUCCUUCUCUGAUCUUGACGGGAGGAUUUCCCUGUCGCCAAGGCGCGUGACCCGAUUCUGAGCUAAGAUGUACUCGUUUAGCAGAGGCCAGUGGAUGAUGUUGCAGAACCUUUGCAGAUUCCUCUUUGCAAGAAAGAUGCAAUCAUCUUGC